UUCUUUUCUUUUCCGCCAAACACCACGUGCUGUUGCUUUCAGGAAUCUGACUUUAGCCAAAAUCAGUGGCCAUGAUUUUCCCAAUAUUCUUCCUUUGACCGCGUUGAAGCCACCAUAAAUACCCCCUUACGCUCUCUUCUUUCCCUUCUCUUAAAAACAAAAGCUGCUAACUGUUCGUUUCUUUUUACCAGUUCUGUUUGCCCCCCAGGGCAUCAGUGAAACCAUGUCUAGUCCUACCGAUUGGCCACAAUUUUACCAACAAAAUCUUUCUAAUCAGGAAACUGAAGCCACUGCUGUUAGCACUACAAUCACCUCCAGCAGCGCACCAAGUCCAUUAGGCUCAGGCCCGGCUAGUUCAAGUGGUGGUCAUUUGAGUCCCGAAGGCCGCGUUGGGAAGCCAGUUCGAAGACGAUCAAGGGCUUCAAGGCGAACCCCUACUACCUUGCUCAACACAGAUACUACAAAUUUCCGAGCCAUGGUUCAACAAUUCACUGGUGGUCCUAGUGCACCUUUUGCCCCAGGAGGUCACCCUGGCGGACCAAAUUUUGUCUUCAGUUUGGGAGGACGUCAACCCCAUGUUAACCCUAGUUCCCUCAUGGUUCCUCCUGCUGGAUUUCAGCUGCAAUAUCAUCAACAACAACAACAACAGCAGCAGCCUCAGCAACACCAUCAUUUAAUCCAGCACCAAAACCAGCCAUACAUGUUUUCAUUGAACAGCAAUAAUAAUCCAGGGGCAGGGGACCUUUUCCUUCGAAGACUUGGGGGGAACCCUAGGCCAAACACGGAAGCUGGGUCCGAAGGGUUUCUUGUGGAGGGUGCUUCCUCUCAGGUUCCCCCUUCUAGAACAACCUCCUCCAAUGAGAACAGGAGUAACUCUACAUUCAUGUUUUGAGAGGGACAUGAAGGAAGAAAGUUAGGUACUGACUUGUAUUAGGGACAUACAUUAAGUCAUUGACCAAUGUAAAUAUUUUGUUUCAAUUAUACCCUUUUUUUUUUUUCUCUUUUUGACGCCAAUGGCAAUGUUUGUUACUAAUACACUCCAACGUUUGUAGCUGGGAGUCUUUUUUUUUUUUUUUUAGUUAUUAAUUAAAAGAGGUGGGGGAUUCUUGUUUCCAAAAACCAUGGGCUGACUGUGGGAAUUGUUGAAAUUUGGAUCAUCUUUCUAAUUUCAACAAAAAAAAAUGAUAUUGCUAUAAUUUCUUUUAUUUUCUUUUUCCUUUGAAAAGAAAAUUCAGUAUCUUUAAUCUGCAAUUCAGCUGUGCUUCUACAUGUAAGCUUUUGGGUUAGAAUACACUUUCUUUAAUUAGAUUAUAUACCGAACGGAAUAAUAAUUUUCAAAACCGAUGUCACUCAAAAGAAAAAGUGACCAACUUAUGCAGAAAAACAUAAUCUAGAAUCCAUAUAUAGAUUGAAAAGUCAUAUUUUUUUUAGAUCAUCGUUAAUUUUAAAAUU